AUGACAUGGUAUAAUCCAUUCGCAUUCGUUCCCAUGGCAGUAACGCUCGUUACUUGCCUGGUCUACCUCGCUAUCAUUAUCCCACUCCUCAUCGUCCACGAAACCGUCCCUUCGGCGCCCGAGAACCCGACGAUAUAUCGUGGACUCAAUCUUACCGAAGCCUGGCUGGAUCUGGCAGAGCUGAGCAACGGGUACCACCCGUACAACAGUCAUAGGAAUGAUGAGGUCAGAAAUUGGCUACUAAGGAGGGUGGAGGCGAUUCUGGACAGUAAUGGGGUGAACUACGAGACGGGCCCGGACGAGAGCGGCAUAAAAGCAGAGCCAUCGCAUACCAAGGAGGAGCUGCAUGGUAGCGAAUACGAAGCUUCAGUAUUUGAAUUGGGCUUAGGCGCGCAAUCUGCAGACAGUGACGAGCUUCGAAGCCGCUCCACCAAGCCAGCAGCAGUUGUCUUCAAUGACCUCGCGUCGAACUACACAACCAGUGCCCUUACGAGCAUUGGUGUAACUGGGCGAAGAUUGGGCAUCAGCACGUACUUCGAGGGGAACAACAUCAUAGUCUAUAUUCGCGGCACGGAGGAUGAGGAGGAAGACUGGUGGAAACCGCUGCCCCCAUACACACAUCGACUUCACGGCAAGGGAGGAGUGAUGGUCAAUGCCCAUUUCGACAGUGUAUCGACCGGAUACGGAGCUACCGAUGAUGGUAUGGGAGUUGUCACGGCUUUGCAACUCAUCAAGUACUACACCACCGAAGGGAAUACUCCAAAGCGGGGGGUUAUUGUUCUGCUGAACAAUGGUGAGGAAGAUGGUCUGUAUGGCGCCAAAGCUUUCCUCUCCCACCCUAUGGCUACUUUCGUUCAUACCUUCCUGAACCUCGAAGGGGCCGGAGCCGGAGGCAGAGCAAUGCUUUUCCGGAGUACAGAUACUGAAGUUACUCGAGCCUACGGGAGUGCCAAGCAUCCCCUUGGAACAGUGGUUAGUGCAGAUGGCUUUGCCCUAGGUUUUAUCAGGAGUGAGACGGACUAUGUGGUUUUCCGAGCCGAGGGAUACCGUGGUCUGGAUGUCGCUUUCUGGGAACCCAGAGCUAGGUAUCACACAGAGCAGGACGACGCGAAGCAUGCUUCCCGAGACUCAUUGUGGCAUAUGUUAUCUGCAUCCGUGGCAACGAUGGACUAUCUGACUUCUCAUACGGAAGAGUUCGUUGGACCUAGGCGGGAUAACCUCCCUGGAAAAGUCAAGAAUGGGCGUGGUACCGACGGCGUAUGGUUCGACCUGUUUGGCAUGGUCAUGGCUGUGUUCGGACUGCGAAAACUAUUUGCCUGGUCCCUGACAAUCCUCAUCGCUUCGCCACUGAUCCUGAUGCUUGUCUCUUACCUUUUGAUACGCCAGGACAAAUACUAUCUCUUUUCUGGGGCUGUCAAGAUUGAAGGCCGCGAAACCGAGGUGGUUUCCUUGAAAGGCUGGAGAGGAGCUUUCCGAUUCCCAAUUGUUCUCAUCAUCUCGGGCGCACUCACACUUGGGGCUGCUUUUCUGUUGAAGAAGAUCAAUCCUCUGAUUGUGUACUCGUCACCAUAUGCUGUUUGGUCGAUGUCGCUUACUCUCUUCUUCUGCGUCUUCUGGUUCCUUAUGGCUGGCUGCAAUUUCGUCCGACCGUCCGCACUUCACCGGGUCUACGCACUCAUCUGGAUGUUUAUCAUCGGAUGGGUACUUCUGUUGGGUGCUACGAUCUUCGAGGAUCGUUUCAAGGUCAGCAGUGCUUACAUCUUCCUCUUUUAUCAAGGUGCUAUCUCAUUAGCAACGCUCAUUGGCUUGCUAGAGCUAUUUGCUCUCCCUAAGAAGAGCACUUUGGUCGAAGCUGUACGUGACGCACAUGAGACAAGAGAAGGACUAGAGGCUUUGCCCCAUUCUGGUAGCAUUGUCACUGGCGAUGCACAAGAUGAAAGCAAUGAUGCCGAUGCUGAUGCCGAUGCUGAUGAAGAGCCGAAUGAAACGACUCCGCUGGUGGGAGGUAACGAUAAUCAAAGUACAAUUGGCGCCACGUUUGCUCGUGGCUACCGACAAAUCAUUCCUGAACAGGUCGAUGGUGUCGAUGGUGCCGAUGAUACCGAUGCUGCUGACGACAAAGCUAUCGCUUUCGGCGACGAGCAAAAGUGGUCUGCCAAUAUGCCAUCAUGGACCUGGCUUCUGCAAUUCCUUCUACUCGGCCCCUCGAUAAUCAUAAUCAUUGGUCAGGUCGGGCUGCUCAUUGUGGCGGCACUUACCCAAACUGGCUCGGAUGGAAGCCCUCUAUUGCUGCCAUACCUGCUCAUCUCAGUAUUCUCGAUACUUCUCAUCCUACCCACAACCCCUUUCCUGCACCGCAUUACUGCCCACGUCCCGACUUUCUUCCUCCUGAUCUUCAUCAGCACUCUGGUCUACAACCUUUUGGCCUUCCCGUUUUCGUCCAAUAAUCGCUAUAAGGCUUACUUCCAGCAGACUGUUGAUCUUGAAAGUGGCAUCAACCAAGUCACUCUUGCUGGAAUUGAAGAGUACGUCCGAUUGAUGAUCGAUGAGAUCCCCUCGGCCGCAGGUCAGGAGAUAUCUUGCAAAUCAAAAGACAACAUUCGACAAGGUCUCUCCUACUGCUCGUGGCACGGCAUAGCCCCCAAGGUAGUUGACAACGUCAAGAAUGGCAUUCCACCUGAGAAGGGCUAUCAAGAUUGGAUGAACUUCAAUGUCACUCGUGCAAAGGGCUCGAACAAAGCUACCUUCCAUAUCUCUGGUAUCGACACGAAAGCCUGUAUUCUCCGAUUUGAUGAUCCAUUCACAGCAUUCGAAGUACAUGGCGCUGCCAAGAGCGAUGGUAAGUGGAAUGAUGUCCCUGAGAGUGGGAGCGACCAGAUCAAGCUCUGGCACAGAGAUUGGGACCGCGAGUGGGUAGUGGAUGUUGAGUGGCCAGUCAGCGAAGGCAAGCAAGAGGGUGAAGAAGGUAGAAGUGGAAGAGUCGUGUGUUUCUGGAGCGACCACAAUGAGCUGGGCACGAUCCCAGCCUUGGACGAGGUUCAGAGGUUCAUGCCUGCUUGGGCGGCUGUUACGAAAUUGAUGGAUGGGCUGGUGGAGGGGAGCAAGGCUUUUAUUGUUUAA